CUGUUAACUUUUUAUGGGUAUGUGACAAUAGUUUAGUGGUAGCUUUACUGUUGAACCCAUGUAUUCUUUUAAGAAGAUAGUAUCAAGAUCCACCAUUCCACAUGGGUUGUCCCUACUUGCAUGAAUCAAUCUUCUUAUCUCAAGAACAAAGUUGUACACAUUUUUAUUUUGUAAUGAGCAAAGAAGAACCAUUUUCAAACGUGGAGAGUAUAACUUUUAAAAUUAGGACAAUUGAUUAAUCCAUUAAACAAACAGCUAACAGAGCUUUUACGUUCUCUGCUUUUUUCAAUCACUUUCCGCUUUGGAGAUUUAUUUAAAUCUUUGUGGGUUUUGCUGAGCUAAGCAGAAGAUCAACCUUUGUAUUAAUUAAUCUCAUUAUCUUAAUCUGCAGCACUACUCUCUUCCUUUUUCUCCUUUUUGGCUAAGAGAAAAAAGAUAUGUAAAUACCAAUUUGCAGCUUCUUUCUUGAAAACUUUGCAGAACUGUCUUUAUGCAUAUGCUUAUGUCUGAAACGGAUCUGACAAAAAUGUUUUUUCUUUCUUUUUUGUUAACAUAAGGCAAAAGCUUAUAUAUCUUUGCACACAUAUAUAAAGAUGAGAUUAGGCACAGGCCUAAUCCAAAAAGACUUCAUAGCAAAGCAAACAUCUUUUCUCUUUUAUUUUUUUCUUACUUAGUCACUUGCAUGUCAAAUACAGUCAGCUUCUCCCCCCAAUUUUCUCAAGAGAAUCUCAAAGCUUUUGUCCUUUUUUCUUAAUCACAUCUUCUUCACACCAUUAUGUACUUAUAAACCCAAGAAAGAAGAAGAGAAAAAAAAAACACAAACCCAAUCUCAAGCUCUGAUGGCAAAACAGAGUUACUUCUUCUUGUUUCUUUCUCUUGUCUCACUCUCUUCCUCAACAACUACAACUCAUGAUGUCUUAAACCCACCAACGGUCUUCCCUACAAACCCUACAACUACACCACCGGUUACCACAUUUCCUCCAGUGACCAUAACGCCAACAAACCCUGCCACAACAGUUCCUCUUACACCUCCAGUAACAACAGUCCCUGCAACACUCACACCACCUGUGACCAACCCGGUGACACAGUACCCUCCAACACAACCCUCAGGAACGGUUCCUGUGAUUCCAUCAAACUCUCCUUCGGUUUCAGGUCAAAGCUGGUGCGUGGCAAAGCCUGGAGCCUCUCAAACCUCACUCCAACUGGCUCUUGACUAUGCCUGCGGGUUAGGUGGAGCGGAUUGCUCUCAGAUACAGCAAGGAGGCAACUGUUAUUCGCCUAUCAGUCUUCAGAACCAUGCCUCAUUUGCCUUCAACAGCUAUUACCAGAAGAACCCUUCUCCUCAAAGCUGCGAUUUUGGCGGUGCAGCCUCACUUGUUAGCACCAACCCAAGCACUGGUUCUUGUAUUUACCAAACAGGCUCAUCAACAUCAACAACACCAACCCCAUCAACACAAACGGUGAACCAGCCUCCUGUCACAUCAACACCAAUAAUACCAACAGGAGGCGGGAUAAUCGGGGUUGGAACUCCACCAGCAGUGUUUAACCCGGCGAAUCCUUCAUCAAACACUCUAAACAAUCCAUUAUCAGGAGGUCCCGCGGUCUACGGGUUUGAUGGUUCACCUAAUGGGAACAAUCCAACGUUAUCAGACUCUACCAACUUGCAGCUUCACUUUGGUCACACUCUGGUGGUAACAUUGAUUCUUCACGCAGUGCUAUUUCAUUAGAAAGUAGAAUUUAUAUAGGAGUCGAAUUAGUUUUAUGAGAUAGUGUUCCACAAGCUUAAGCUCAUUUAGUGUAACGUACCAAGAUGAAGCUAGGAAUGUUAAGACAUUAUAAAUUUGUUUUGUUCAAACGCUCA